UCGCUAAGCGAAUGGUUUAUAGGUAGUCGGUAAUCGUUCAUCUAGUAACGGCAACGCACUGUGCAAACACUGCAACUCGAUGAAGGAAACAGUGCCCAGUGGUGACAGCAAUGCCUCUACAUAAGGUGCGUCUGUCAUUUCGCAGUGGAUUUGGAACGCGACGCCACAAAUGGGACAGGGCGGCUCAAGACACCGAGCCGAGGCCCGAGUUCUCCUACUUGGCCUCGACUCAGCGGGGAAAUCAACCAUUCUCUACAGACUGAAAUAUAAUGAAUCGGUCUGUACCGUUCCCACUGUUGGUUUCAAUGUGGCGGUGAUAGAAGCCAAGAAAAGGAGAGGAAGAAUUGAUCUCACGGUAUGGGACGUGGGAGGCCAGAAGACAAUGCGACAGUACUGGAAGAGCUUCUAUCAGGGCACAGUGGGACUGGCGUUCGUGGUGGACAGCGCAGAUAGGCGAAGGUUAGACGAGGCCCGGCAGGCUCUGGAGCACGCCCUAAAAAGUGAAUUUUUGCGAGGUCUGCCGGUGGUGAUCCUCGCCAACAAGCAGGACCUCGAGGAGUCCGCCUCGGUCACAGAGAUAACAGAGCGCUUUAAUCUGAGGAAGAUGUGCGCUGAGCGGGACUGGUUCGUUCAGCCCUGCUCCGCGUUAACCGGUGCUGGGCUUGUGGACGGAUUCCAGCGAGUGGCACACUUGCUCAAACUACCGUCACAGGACGCGUUCUAGACAAUACAAAAGAGACAGUGCGUAAAUCAUAAGAUCAACAUCAAGCACCUGAAUGGAUUUGUAAUGUUUGCAAAGACAGCCACCGUUAUGGAGAAAUUACGAUGUUGUGUUUUAUUAAGGAUGGAUAUCACAUUCUACUAAACAAUAUCACAGCACAACAGGACACAAAGGAAAUCCAAAAACCGAAGUUAAUCAGUUCAGCGAGCCACUUCAUUUCGUGCUUGAGUUUGUUUUCCAAGUUUGUAUCAGUUUUGUUCCUCUGAGAAGUAUUGUCAUAAAUAAUUUGAAAUAGCUCAUAACAACUGACACGACAUUAUAGACGAAUGUGUAGAAACGCAUACAGAUUGUAAAACACACAGUGACCGUAUAUAUCUACAUAAAUUAAAUAACUUGUAUCUAA